AUGUCCAUCAAGCUGCGUGAGCUGAUCCGCAGCAUCCGCGCCUGCAAGACUGCGGCGGAGGAGCGCGGGGUCAUCUCGCGGGAAUGCGCGCUGAUCCGGACCGCCUUCAAGGAGGAUGACAAUCAGUUCAGACACCGGAACGUGGCCAAGCUGUUGUUCAUCCACAUGAUGGGGUACCCCACCCACUUCGGUCAGAUGGAGUGCUUGAAGCUGAUCGCCUCCAACAAGUUCCCGGAGAAGCGGGUGGGCUACCUGGGCCUCACGCAGCUUCUGGACGAGAACACCGAGGUCCUGAUGUUGGUGACCAAUUCCAUCAAGAACGACAUGGGCCACGAGAGCCAAUACGUGAACGGGCUGGCGCUUUGCGCCUUGGGCAACAUCGGCAGCAACGAGAUGUGCAGAGCUUUGGCCCGAGAGGUGGAAAAGUUGAUGGCGUCGCCGAACCCCUACCUCAAGAAGAAGGCGGCCUUGUGCGCCAUGCGCAUCGUCCGGAAGGUGGAGGAGAUAGAGGACAAGUUCAACGGCAAGAUCGGGAGCUUGUUGGAGGACCGGAACCACGGGGUGCUGCUCAGCGGCUGCGCGCUGCUGACGGCGCUGCUGGAGGUGAACCCGUCCUACGUCAAGGAGUUCCGGCGCUACAUCCCGUCGCUGGUGCGCGCCCUGAGGAACAUGGUGACCUCCGGCUACACCAGCGCGGCGGAGUACGACGUGGCAGGGAUCACGGACCCCUUCCUGCAGGGCAAGAUCCUGCGGCUCCUGCGCAUCCUGGGCGAGAAGAGCGUGGAAGCCAGCGAUGAGAUGAAUGACAUCCUUGCUCAGGUGGCCACCAAUACGGAGGGCACCAAGAACACGGGGAACUCCAUCUUGUACGAGUGCGUCUUGACCAUCAUGUCCAUCGAGGCGGAGAGCGGCUUGCGGGUAUUGGGGGUCAACAUCCUGGGCCGGUUCUUGCUGAGCCGGGACAACAACAUUAGGUACGUGGCGCUUGCAACUCUCCAACGUGUGGUGAACGUGGACCAGCAGGUAAUGCAACGGCACCGGAACACCAUCAUCGAUUGUCUCAAAGACGCAGACAUAUCGAUCAGGAAGCGUGCCCUGGAUGUUACCUUCGCCUUGACAGACGAAACCAACAUCAAGAGCAUGACCAAGGAGCUCUUGAACUACCUCCUGGUGGCGGAACCAGACUUCAAGGAGGAGCUUUGCAGCAAGGUCUGCAUGGCGGUGGAGACGAAGUUCUCUCCCAACCGGCGCUGGCAGAUCGAUACACUCAUCAAGGUGAUGUGCCUGGGGGGAAGCUUCGUGAAGGAGCCGCAGCGGGAGAAGUUCUGCCGUGUGGUGGCUGCCACACCGGAACUGCAUUCCUACACCGUGAUCAAGCUCUACUUCAACAUGAAGGAGAGCUUGACGCAGGAGGCCCUGGUGCACGUGGGGAUUUGGUGCCUCGGGGAAUUCGGCGACCACUUGGUGUCCGGCCGGGCCGUUGGCCCGGACAACCAGCCCAUCCGCGUGGCCCCCAGCGACGUUUUGGAUCUGCUCUACGACGUUGUGCGGAAGCCCCCUACGGCCGACAAGGCUGCCGCCACCCACUGCCUGGUGACUGCAGCCUUGGUGAAGCUGGUGACCAGGUGCCCCAGCGAGUUCGAGCGCAUCAAGAAGCUGCUGCGGAGGUUCGACAGCAGCCUGCACGUGGACCUGCAGCAGCGGUCCUGCGAGUUCCUGGAGCUCCUGGGCCCGGACUGGGACGCCCACCGCGCCGGGGUCCUGGACCGCAUGCCCGUGCCGGAGAAGGAGAGAUCGGCGGGGCCGACACCAUGGCGGUCGAUGUCGAUCACACGAGGACGCCAGGGCUGCCCGCGGAGCCCAGAUCUGGCGCCAAGGACCUCCUGGAUCUGA